AUGUCGCCACAUUCCGACAUCGAGGAAGAACUUGAUGACAGCCACCCCACGGACGCGACGAGCGAAGGAGGUGCCGGCUCAACGAAAACCCGCCGCCGACGGACAGCGUUUACGAGCGAACAACUUCUAGAGCUCGAAAGAGAAUUCCACGCGAAAAAGUACCUAUCCUUAACAGAGCGUAGCCAAAUCGCCUCGGCGUUACGUUUGAGCGAGGUGCAGGUGAAAAUAUGGUUUCAAAAUCGACGGGCGAAAUGGAAAAGGGUGAAGGCCGGCCUCGCAGCCGGUCCGCAUCAGUCGAAAACGGGUCAACCGAACAAGAGUAAAUUAGUGGUUCCGAUACCGGUGCAUGUAAAUAGAUUCGCGGUUAGGAGCCAACAUCAGCAGUUGGAAAGGGCUCUUGGUGAUUUGGCCGGACGGGUGUUCGCCAGUCAGGCCGUUCUUCGUGCGGGUUUGGAUGUUGCCUCGUACCAAUCGCAUGCGCCGCAUUGACGCGGGUCUGUGUGUUCACAAUUUUGACUGAUUUCGACGGAGAUGUCAGCAAACGAAGCAAUAAAGUAUAAGAACCUCAAAGUGGCUGUAUGAAGUGAUAAGAGUUACUUCCGUAUAAAUGACGUGGUUGUAGACUAUACGAACAUAGUUCACGUGUAACAUAUUUUAUUUUUGAAUGUUGUGCAAUUUUAUUACCUAUUACCUAUAAGAGACAGGAUUAACGAACAGUACGUAGCUGUUAAACGUCGUAUUUCAAUAAAUAGCAAUAAAUCCUC